CAUAUCGAUACGCCGAGACCUGUCAGCUGUCUGAAUGUCCUCGGAGGGGCUGGUAUCCAAACCGUGUCGACCUGAUGCUGCUUCUCAGCAAGGCACUUUGUAUUCUUGGCUUACAGUGGCUUACCCGAGCGCGGCAUCAAUACUUCUUGCGCGUUAAAGCUAUCAGAGUUCGCCAGCGAGCACCAAGUCUGAACGGACCUUCUUUGCGACUCCGAUAUGAACUGAUAAAGUCAGCGGAUUCCCGAGAUGCUUUUUUGCUGCUUCAACUAUAUGAGCCCAUAUGGCAAGGCGUGGAAACCAGGGAGAUAGAACGUAAAUGAAAUCCAUUACGGGGUGUGGAGGCAAGUCGGAUGGCGGCAAGCCAAUGUAUUACUACCGAUCCCAGAUGGACCAGUGCGCGAAUUGGAUCUCAAAAUCAUUGAUGGUUCGCAGCAAGGGGAUAUACAUAUCUCUUCCGUACCGGAUUUGACU